ACCAGCCGCCAAAAACCCAGCAAGCGGAGUAGCUGUUCAUGAUGGUGUCAGAGCAGGAGAAAGUCGAUAUCCGGAGGUUUAUAAAAGGUCAACUCCUUGAUGAGCCAGACCUUAGCACACUGACCUUAGGAAUAUUGAAAAAACGAUACCUGGCUGAAGCAGGAUGUGAAUCAUUGAGCUCUGAAGCAAGACAAUUCAUGAAACAAGUGGUGCAGGAAGAACUCAUGAAAAUGCAGGAAAAUGAUGAGAGUGAAAGCGAGCCGGAAACCAAAAAACCACAGAAGAAAAGAAAGAGAGAGAGAGAAAAAGAGGAGUUAGAAAGUGAAGAUGAAACCGAAUCCACAGCAAUGAAAUCACGAUCACAACAGUCUGACUCAUCAUCAGAUUCUGAAGACACGCAGAACCGUAAAGCAGGAAGUCAAAACAAAGAACAAAUUAGAUCUCAGUCUAAAAAUAAAGAAGCAGCAAAAGAAUCAGAGCAUGAGAAAAGCAAAAAAACUAAGCGCCGCGUCACAAGCGAUGAGUCUUCAGAUGAAGAGAUGAAUGAGUCAGAAGAGGAUGGGAACGAGAGUCCAAGUCCGGAGGAAAGGGUGAAAAAGAAGGUCAAAGCUGCUGAGAGCAAAGAGACAAGACAUGUUGAUGCUAGUGGAGGGAAAAAAACACCAAGGAGCGACGAGGAGAGUGAAAGUGAUUCGGACAAUAAGUUGGAGAAAAGUGAAAAAAUCAAGGAUGAUGAUUCUUCUGCCAGUGAAAAAGUAGAAGAAAAUGUAAUGAAGAAAAAUGAUUCAGACUCGGAUUCAUCAUCGCUCCCGUCUUUGGAUGAAGAGAAGAAAAGCGACCCAGAAAAAAAUAAAAAUGUAAAGACAAAAAAGAAAACAAUGAAGACAGAUGAGAAGAACCGAGGCCCAAAGGAUGAAGACAAAGCAGUCGUGCGACUCAAACGCUACAUCACUCUUUGUGGCGUGAGGAGGAAUUACAAGAAGCUACUGGACGGCUGCCGCUCCACUCGCUCCAAAGUGGCUGUUCUAAAGAAGGAGCUUGAAGAUCUUGGGCUCCGUGGUAACCCCUCUAUUGAGAAAUGUAAGAAAGUUCGAUUGAAGAGAGAGGAAGCUCAGGAAUUGGCUGAACUUGAUGUCGAUAACAUCAUCUCCACCGAAGGUCGGCCGAGACGCAGAGGAACCUCAGCCAUGCAGGUACAUAAGGAACCUCCCUCCUCUUAUCAGCGGACUCUGAACUCUGAUUCAGAGAGUGACCAGGAAAAUAACGCUCCCAAAGGACGCAGAAAGAUAUCGGAGUGGGCCAACCUGCAUGGGAUCAUCAGUGAUGAUGCGGACACUGACUGAACAUGGGCUGUUCCACUUUUAUACCAUUUGUUGUUGGCUUGUACAUAGGUAACACUUUCUUUGUUACUGGAAGCAUAAUACUUUUAUUAACCUUUCAAGUUAAAUUUGAUAGUGAUUUUUUUUUGAGUGCUCCGAUUAAAAUAAAAGUUAUGAUACAUGAUUUCUGAUUUCAUUUGAUUUUAAUUUUAUACUUUAAGCCAAUUUUAUAUCUGCCUGUAGAUGCCUUUAAAUUUUGCAGAGACUGAUACAAAGAUUGAAAAAAAUUUCAGCAUUUCCACAGUUGCCAAAAUCUUCUCAUGGUUUUAAACUCAAAAUACACAAUAAAAUUAAACCAGUGUAUUAAAGACUCACAGAAACGGGAUUGGAUUUGACACCAAGAACUUAAUAGAAGUUUAUGUAAAAAUGGUCUUCUAGUUAGGAUUGCUGUGUAUAUACAUUUAUUCUACUUUUUUUAUUGUUGUACAGGAGCUGUUGUGAUCUGUUUUUAUGUGCAGAUUGCUUAAUAUUUUGUCAGUUAUUAGCUCUGAAAUAAAACUGUUCUGGAAGUUGUUGGAAAGUAGUAUUAUGUUGUUUAGAUCGUUUUUACAUUACAUGAGUGGAAUCUGUUUAGCUAUAUUGUCUUUCUGUGAACAUGUUGGUGUACAGACAUAAAAUAUACAAAUACAUUGUAUAUUUAUGCAGUAGCAGAUGGGGUAACAAAGGGGGUUAUUCUGAGACUUAAGUGUGUGACAUAAAAUGUACCUUUGUAUUGAAGGAUCUAAAACUGUUUAUUACAGGAAUAAGUAUAUUGUAUAUAAUGACAAAGAAAAUAACAUGGACACAAUGAUUAUUUUGAAGAAAGAUCAA